AUGAUGUCUGCACGCUUUUCUCGAGCUCUGCCCAGAGCUACCAGCUCUGUCGCGCGCUCGGCAGGCUUCGCCCGCCAGCCCUUCGCCUCGAAGUUUGCUCGCUACGAGUCAACGGCGACUGAUGGAAAGGUCACCGGCUCCGUGAUCGGUAUCGAUCUCGGUACCACCAACUCUGCCGUUGCCGUCAUGGAGGGCAAGGUGCCCAAGAUUAUCGAGAACGCAGAGGGUGCUCGCACAACUCCUUCCGUGGUCGCUUUUGCCCAGGAUGGCGAACGUCUCGUCGGUGUCGCCGCCAAGCGCCAGGCCGUCGUUAACCCCGAGAACACACUCUUUGCCACCAAGCGUUUGAUUGGUCGCAAGUUUACCGACGCUGAGGUCCAGAGAGACAUCAAGGAGGUCCCCUACAAGAUUGUCCAACACACCAACGGCGACGCCUGGGUCUCUGCUCGCGACCAGAAGUACUCUCCCUCGCAGAUUGGUGGUUUCGUUCUUAACAAGAUGAAGGAGACCGCCGAGGCCUACCUCUCCAAGCCCGUUAAGAACGCUGUCGUUACCGUUCCUGCCUACUUCAACGACUCCCAGCGUCAGGCUACCAAGGAUGCUGGUCAGAUUGCCGGCCUGAACGUUCUCCGUGUCGUCAAUGAGCCUACUGCUGCUGCUCUGGCCUAUGGUCUGGAGAAGGAGGACGACCGUAUCGUCGCCGUCUACGAUCUUGGUGGUGGUACCUUCGAUAUCUCCGUUCUUGAGAUCCAGAACGGUGUCUUCGAGGUUAAGUCUACCAAUGGUGACACUCACUUGGGUGGCGAGGACUUCGACAUUCACCUUGUUCGUCACCUUGUCCAGCAGUUCAAGAAGGACUCUGGCAUUGACCUCUCCGGUGACCGCAUGGCCAUCCAGCGUAUCCGUGAGGCUGCCGAGAAGGCCAAGAUCGAGCUUUCCUCCUCUCUGUCUACCGACAUCAACCUGCCCUUCAUCACUGCCGACUCCUCUGGCCCCAAGCACAUCAACCAGAAGCUCACUCGCGCUCAGCUCGAGAAGAUGAUGGAUCCCCUCAUCACCCGCACUAUCGACCCCGUUCGCAAGGCCUUGAAGGACGCCAACCUCCAGGCCAAGGACAUUCAGGAGGUCAUUCUUGUUGGUGGUAUGACUCGCAUGCCCAAGGUCUCCGAGUCCGUCAAGAGCAUCUUCGGCCGUGACCCCGCCAAGUCUGUCAACCCCGAUGAGGCUGUUGCUAUUGGUGCUGCCAUCCAGGGAGCCGUUCUCUCCGGCGAGGUCAAGGACCUUCUCCUCCUCGACGUCACCCCUCUCUCUCUCGGCAUUGAGACCCUCGGCGGUGUUUUCACCCGUCUCAUCAACCGUAACACCACCAUCCCCACCAAGAAGUCCCAGACCUUCUCCACGGCCGCCGACUUCCAGACCGCUGUCGAAAUCAAGGUUUACCAGGGUGAGCGCGAGCUCGUCCGUGACAACAAGCUGCUCGGCAACUUCCAGCUGGUUGGCAUCCCCCCUGCCCACCGUGGUGUGCCCCAGAUCGAGGUUACCUUCGACAUCGACGCCGACUCCAUUGUCCACGUCCACGCCAAGGACAAGUCUACCAACAAGGACCAGUCUAUCACCAUUGCUUCCGGCUCCGGUCUGUCUGACUCCGAGAUCCAGCAGAUGGUUGAGGACUCCGAGAAGUACGCCGAGACCGACAAGGAGCGCAAGGGCGCCAUUGAGGCUGCCAACCGCGCUGACAGCGUCUUGAACGACACCGAGCGUGCCCUUAACGAGUACGCCGAGAAGCUCGACAAGGCCGAGGCUGACGGCAUCCGCGAGAAGAUCGCCUCCCUCCGUGAGUACGUCUCCAAGAGCUUGGCUGGUGAGGGCAACGCCACCGCUGCCGAGAUCAAGGAGAAGACCGAUGAGCUCCAGGUUGCCAGCCUGAACCUCUUCGACAAGAUGCACAAGGCCCGUGCCGAGUCUGGCGAGCAGCCCACCCAGGAUGCCAACGCAUCCGAGAACAAGGACGGCGAGAAGAAGCCUUAA